AUUUCUGUUUAAUAAAAUACGGCUACGGCUUUUACUGUAUUCAAUAACUUCACAUCUAAAUGUGUAGGUGUAAUACGUAAAAAUGUGUUUAUGAAAUUAUGAAUUUUAAUUUUAUACAUAUCUUACGCUUCAUUUUCAUUAAAUAAUUGACAUACAUUGACGUACAUUUUCAUUGCAUACAACAUAUCAUAUAUUGUAGGUAUAGUGCAGUACAAAUAAUUAUUUUCAUUUAAGACACAUUUUUUACAAAAUAUUUUUGUCGGGAGACAAAAUAGGAUACUCAUAUCUAUACAUGUAGAUAUAUAUGUUGUAUGUGACUAAUAUCUACAUACAUAGGUUCUAUGAUGACUACCCUAACCCUAUGUUUUUUACGAGGAAUACCCCGUAAAAAACAUACAUCCCAUAGAAUAGAUUACCAGACUAAUUUUUCCUUUGCUAGACUAAUUUUUCCUCUACUUCAAUUUCAAUUUACCUUUAUUCAAGUGUUAGUCACAUUCAGUCAGUGUAAACCAGUCGAUAAGACUGGUUUACAAGUUAUAACACAUUACAAAAUAAAAACUCUGUUUACACAAAAUCAUGAUUUUCCACAAAUGACACGUAAAUCAUAGAUCAGCUAUAGAGUAACCAUCUCAUAACACCAACAGUUAAUAUCCAUUAUAUUCCAAAUCAAAACCGAUAAAACGAGUCAAUUAAUAAAUUACAAAUUAUCCAAUACCGAAGUUAUCAAAAAGUUUGUUAAAUGAAACUUGAAUUUCCAUAAGAAAGGUGGUAAUAUCCAGAUUAAAGCUUGUCAUAAUUUAUAGUUACCACAUCAACUUUUCCCUUAAUUACAAAUGAAGGCACACAUCUCGGACAAGUCCAAUUUUUAGAAAGGCACAUUUAUUCGUGUGAUCCAAAUUGAAAUGGUCCUUGAGGACAAUAGAAUAGCAGACUGGACCGAGUGAUUCAUCGUCAUCCCAAUUUAUGUAAUCUAACUUGAAAUAGACCGUACGGUAUUUUUGUUGAUCUAAUUUCCCGUCCAGAAUUAUUACAUUUGUCUCGGGCUCGGCUUGAAGAAUGAAAUCCUCGACUGACAUGGGUGGGGCCGUCAUUUCCAUUAGAUGAUGAAUUCUUGAUAUUCAAAUGUGUUUCAUAUUGCAUGGUUCCAGGUCGACAUGUUACAUACAGAGGAAAAGUUACACGAGAUUAACCAGAAUAUUGAAAAUAGCAACAAUAUUUAUAGGGUCAAAAGUGUAAGGUCUACUUUCCAUUACUCCCCACGCCAACUCGUUGUAAGUGUAUACACUAAUACACUUAUCCUUAGUUGGCUAAAAUACAUUUAGUAUUUUAUGAACAAAUUAUGUGUUUUGAGUCGGACUAAUCGUCUUUACUGUAUGAAUGGCUGGUCUGAAAUGCUUUGCUAAAAUGUAGCAUACUAUGAAAAAUUGUGUUUAAAAUGUUGCAUGUACUAGGUUCGGUUGGGUCAUUUAAAAGUUUCGCAUAACUAACCAACUAAAUAAAAAUUUGACUAACAAAAUCCGUUAAGUUAAGACUUAAAAUGGUCACUAAGAAUUGGAAAUAAAAGAUUAACUGUAAUUAUUUACAACCAUUAACCCGUAUUCAAUGCACUUUAUUUAUUUUUUUUGCUGGGCAUACAUUUAGGACAUACUCUCCAAUGAUGUGUGUGAUUCUUUUGUUACCGUGCGCUAGCAGGAGAGCUCUGGAACGCCUCAACAUAUUCCAAUGCGGUCUUUGACAUCGUGUUUCUAAUUUUAUAACCUCGAAAAUGGGGUCACUGAGGUCACUGUCACGGUGAUCUUCGAGUAAGGUCAAAUGGCAAAUUGGACCUUAAGUUUCAUAGGUUGUGUCAUUUUAAAGGAAAUUUUCUCCCGAAGCCAACGCCGCCAAUAUUUUUGUCCCCCGAGUAACUGGUGACCGCGUAGACGAGGUCAAAUAAUUGUCAUAUGUGGUGUCGUGUCAUUUAAAAAAAGAAAUUGCAAUCCCUUAGACGUUACAUCUUUGCUUGCUUAUUAAGUUUCUUCCUUUCUACUACCAGAAACAGAAGUAACUAAACUUACUUGAGUUCAAUUUGUUGGCUGUCUGCCCAUCAGCACGAAAACUUUUGAAUGAAUCGAUUUUUUAGUUCUGGAAGAGGGAGAUCGUUAGCUGACCUUGUGGGUCAAAACUUCAUUAUAUCUGUUGCUGUUGCUUAAAGUUUAUUUACAUUUCCAACGAUGGAGUUUAACCUCGGUACCCUCGUUCUCUGGGGGGCAAGCAUAAUAUCCAUCUAUCUUGUUGUGAUAAUUCCCAUCAUAAAUGUGCUUAAAUUCCGGCGAAUUCCUUCUCACGAAGCCUAUCCCAUUUUAGGAAAUCUAAUAGCAAUGUGGAAAUGUCACGACGAAUUUAACAAAUUAUUUGAACGUUGGGCAUCCAAGUAUGGGAGAGGCCCAGUCGUCGUAUGGGGGACAUAUUGGUUUCCUAUCGUAGUUCUAGGGGACGCUAAAGAUGUCAAGAAAGUGUUGUGCAGUAGAGAUCAUGUAUCAAAGGGCUUGUUUUACCGAGCAUUGGACUUGGCAAUUGGAACGGGAGCCUUCAACGCUCCAGUUGGAAUAUGGAAGCAACGGAGGCCUCAUUUAGAACAAGCGUUUCAUUCUAAAGUCCUUCAAAGACUCCCAUCAAUAUUUUACCUCAGCAGUUGCGAACUUAUCCAAGCUCUGCAGAAAGAUGGGCACGACACAUCUGGUCAAACUUUUGAUAUUCAUCCUUACCUUAGUCGAUGCUCCAUUCAAAUGCUCAUCGGAGGAGCCCUAGGAUUAGAGGUAGACACUUUUGGAGGGGCUUCAAAAGAAUUUUGGAAAUUAGCAAUACAAAAUUACACUAGAGGAACGUUCCUCGCCGAAUACAGGAUGCUUCGUCCUUGGUAUUUAUUUUCAAGCAAGAUAUGGAAUCUGACCAGAUUGUCGAAGGAAAUGAGGACCUCCGUGGAAUGGCUGCACAAAUUCCUCUUCUCACAGUUCUUAGCCGACAAGAAAAGAGUGGACCAUGAAAAAAACAGCACUGUGCAAAGUUCAGACAAAAUUAUGCCUCAGCCUAAAAACUUUUUAGAAUUGCUCCUAUAUCUUCAAAAUACGAAACCAGAGCUGGAAUUAUCAGAUCAAGAAUUAAUUUAUGAAAUUUCGUCCAUAUAUAUUGCUGGCACCGAUGCUACAAGCAAAACUUUGAGCUUUCUUAUUUUAUCCUUAGCCCUGCAUCACGAUAUUCAGGAAAAGGUUAGAGAAGAAUUGGACGCUAUUUUUGCCAGUGAUGAUAACACUAAAGGAAAUUACCCCAUAACAGAAACGCAUUGCAACAAAAUGCGUUACUUGGAAUGCUGCAUCAAGGAAACGCUCAGAUUAUUUCCGCCAGUGUCUUGCAUUACGCGCAGAGUUGGGAGUGACAUUUAUUUGGACGAUGGGGGACAUGUUCCAACUGGUACAGAAGUCGUGAUCUCGAUAUUUUCCGUUCAUCGCAAUCCAUCCGUUUAUCCCGAUCCAAAUAUUUUUAACCCGAAUCGAUUCCUUCACCCCCAGGAUAAUGCAGAAAUGUCCACAAUAAAAAUCGGUCCCUUUGACUGGAUUCCAUUUUCUGCAGGACCCAGAAACUGUUUGGGUCCAAAAUUCGCCAUGGUGGAGAUAAAAGUCGUUGCGGCAAACAUUUUCCGGAACUAUAAAGUCAUGACGGGCUCCUUUAUGAAAAUGGAGGAUUGGGUGUUGCACACAAAUAUUACCCUUGAUUUACAAGGAGGUUGGAACAUCAAGCUCGUACCAAGAUAAUUUAGACCAUAUGGACAAGUGUAUAUUUCGUAUAUUCACAUGCACAUUUUUUUAAUAAAAAUCAGAUAUAUAUUUUAUCACCCAA